UGGGAGGAUGAGGGCGGGGCGCUGUCGCCGUCUCCUUCAGCGUCCGGCGGGGAGACCGAGCUCCCAGGGAGGGGUCUAUGUUCCUGUCCUUUGGAUGCAGAUGCUCAGCUGGCUUGUGACUUCCCCUGAGUGAGGAUGAUAGAGUUCUGCUGUUGGAAAAGAUGGCCCAGGUUACUGUUGGUGUGUUGAUAGAAAAGCAAGAACAAGAAAACCGAGAUCAAGACACAACAGAUGAAAUCAGCAUUAAACUACUGAGUGACAAUGAAUUGCAGGAAAAGCUUCUCAUGUAUGGUACCGAGCCUGGACCGAUACUACCUUCUACAAGGACUCUUUAUGAGAAUAAACUACUGCAGUUGGUGAAUCCAAGUCCACAAGGAUUACGUGCCAAGCCAAAGGAAAGUGGAGAUCUUGAUCAGAGCUCAGAGAGUGAGGAAGAAAAAGAGACCAGUACUGAAGUAGUCCUUGAAACAAAAGACUUCAAAGUGACAGCAGCUUGUGCCACUGGCUACAGUAAAGCUCCACACACUGAAUUUUCAGAACGCCACAAGAAACUCCUAGCACCUGAUGCAGAUUACAGUCUUGCCAAGAUAGUGGCAGAGCUAGAGCAAAUAUUGCCAGAGGAUAAGUUGCCAGCACAUCGGACACAAGGACAGAAGAGGUCAGGUGGCAGCAGUCCCCAGGCUAGUCGUAGGACAAAGGGUAAGAUCAUGUUGGACAAGAGCACAAUGACUUAUCGAACACCAGCUAAUACUCCACAGGCUUCAAUAUUUGUUAAACAGAGUAGACUGCAGGCAGCUGACACAAUGGGUGACUCGGUUAGCAAAGAUGAUGGUCAAGGUGAAACGUGGUUUCCUGAACCCCGGUCUCCCAUAGGAAUAAGUCCUAGGAGAAGAUCAGUGAGAGAGAGUGACCCGUCAACACAGAAUAUUGUGGAGAAGUCCAAAGUGGAAAAGGAGAAGCCCAAGGCAUCAGCAUUAGAGCACAAGGAGGCCCAUCGAGGAAUCCUAUCAAUGCCCAUAAGGAUUGCUAUACUCGCUAUCUUUGUUUUCGUACUCUUUGUGUAUGUAACUAUGGAGACCAACCCAGACAAUCCAUUCACGAACUUCAUCACAGGAAGAGGCUAGUAGUGCUGUCCUGACUCCCAGCUAGGGAGCAUUUAGGAGUGACUACAGAACAAAGCAAACGCCUCUUUCGUUCCCUACUUACAUGUGAACAAGCUCUUGAGAUAGUGAAUUAAAAGGCCAAUGGGAAAAAAACAUUAUAGUCACUGUGUUUUCUUUGUCAAAUAUUCAUUGUAUAGAGAGGCUCAUAAGUCUUGGAGAGCCAAUUUGCUUCACAAUUUAUCACCUCACCUUGAGCAGGGAGAAACAGACCUGUAUCUCGUGAUCAGAUUCAUCAGUUCAUCCACUUGGAAGGGUUUUGCAUUUUUCUAAACUACCAGUGGCUGAUCAUUGUCUUUCCCCAAAAUGAAUGUUCUUGUACUGAACUGUUUCUCCCUUGUACUGGAGAAGCACUAGCUUGAGACCUAGAAAACAAAUUGCACACCUCUGACAAGCCAGGUAAUGGCCAUCAUGGUACCACAAUGAGGAGCAAGUCUCAGGCUCCCCCUGGAGUGCCUUCUCAUAUCUUAACUAUGACAGGAAAUCUGCUUUCUUCUGCACUCCUCCAAUUCUGGAUCAUAUCAAAAGUGGAUACUGGUUGUCAGCACAUUUGAGGCAAUGCGUUUCCUCUGGAUUUAAAGUUGAACUGUUUUUGUUUUCUAAAUAUAGAUAAUAUCCUAAAUCACUCAAGUUACCAUGCUGUAACAAGUAAGAUGCUUUAAAACCAUAAAUGAAAAUAAUUUCUUUUUACCUGCCAGGACCAAGUUGAGGGAUUUUAAUGUCCACAGCUCUUGUCAGAAAAACACAGAACUCUGAGCUUAGGGCCUGACCCUAAGAAACCUAACACAUCACCAAAGCCUUAUGAAAUGGGUUUAAUUUUAAGUGUACUCAUGUAGUCAAUUAAUGGCAUAAGAUAUUGAAUGGUCUCUUCUAAUUUUUAACGGGCAUUUCAUUUAGCCAAAGAUAUCAGCAAAUCGCUUCACGACUGUGUCUAAUGCCCUCACCUAAAAGCUUGGAUAAAGUUUCAAUGUGAGGUAAUGGAUUAUCCCUUUCCUAAACUGAUAACUAGUAACAAGGGGAAAGGGCUUGAUGCCUACCAUUGUUGUCUUUAAUUCCACUGCCUCAGAAAAUUCUGCCACUGUAUUCUGAGUUGUGUGUUCUAAAAUGCUAGCUGCUUUGAAAAAAAGCCAUCUUUCAAUAUAGCAAAUGCAAGGAAGGCA